AUGAGCGAGCAUGGAGGGACGAGCAGCUCCAAAGCCCCGCGAAAGGGGCGCUUCUACCAGCAUAGACUGAGGAGAGCGUCGUUCAUCUCGCCAACGACUGGUGAACGAUCAAAACGCAAUUUCACCCUACUCGAGGCUUCCCAUCGCUCCCAUGAUGGCGACGCAUCAGAGUUGUCUCCUCUUCUCCACACUGUUGCUCGCACGGCCAGCGAUUCGUGGACGGGGGAUACCUGGCACUACUUCAGCCACUGUCUGCGUCUCUUCUACGACUUUGCCAACUCCCAAACCGGCCGCGGCAUCUUCAAGUGCUCUCUCGCCUACUUCCUCGGAAGUCUGGUCACGUUUGUUCCCGCCAUCGCUGGUCUCAUCGGUAACAAGCAAGACAGCAAGCACAUGGUGGCCACCGUGACGGUCUGGUUCCAUCCCGCUCGCACCAUGGGCAGCAUGCAUUUUGCCACCAUCCUGGGCAUUGUGGGAUUCCUCUACUCUGGCCUCAUUGGCUUCACGAGCAUGGGUGUAUCGCUGGCGGCCCGUCAUGCCGGCAUGCUCGUUGCUGCCCACGUACUCGUACUCCUCGUCUUUCUUGGCGGUGGAAUGGGUUGCAUCGCUUGGGUGAAGCAAAAGUAUGGCGACCCCAUUGUCAACGUUGCCACCGCCCUGGCCUCCUUGGGCUGUGUGACGAUACUCGUGCGCGAGGGCUCGGUGCAAGAAGGCGAGUUCUCCGUCGAUCGAGUUGCGCAGGUCUUGUCCAUGCUCCUCAUCGGCAUCAUGAUAUCAACCGUGGUGAAUGUGCUCGUCUUGCCCGUCACGGCCAGAUCGCAACUCAAAAAGGAUCUCGAGCAGAACACGGACUUACUCGGCGAGCUACUCAUCAGCAUCACCCGCGCUUUUCUCUCGGGCCGUGAAGAGGACUUGCACGACGACUAUUUCACCGAGCUGCAGAAGGAACAACAAAAGGUAUUGCAGCAGAUGAACAGCAAUCUCAGCGAAGCGAAGAAUGAAUAUCUCAUGCUCGGCGGCGAGAAGAUCUAUGACGUCUCUUCGAAAGUUGUGGAUUGUCUCGAUCGUCUUUCCCAGGAUCUGGGAGGUCUCCGCAGCGCAGCAUUCGCCCAAUUUGCGCUGGUCAAUGCCGCCCUUCCUGAACUUCAGAUAUCCAAGCAAUCAGCUCCAGCUGAGAACCGGCGACCCUCGUGGAUCGCUGCAUCCCAGAAUAAAAGGCCGGCGAUCCUCGAUGCCAUCACCGAAGAUCCGGCAGAAACAGAGGAUGCAAUUGAGGAGAGUAUCGAAGAUGGGGUGACUCGAAAGUCCUCACUCGCAUCUUUGAACCGUGUUUUCAGUGAAGCGUCCGUUGCGUCUCUGAAGACUCCCGAAGACAUGUUUUUCCAAUUCAUACAACAGUUGGGCCCGCAUACAAAGUCUCUGGUCUUCACUCUGAAGCAAAUCUUGGACGAACUACCUUUUGUGGAAAGAGAUACGCCGAAGCCGACAAUGUUCAGCUGGCUGAGGAGCUCCGAAGUCGAGGUUGCCGUCACCGAGACCUUUCGCUCGAGCCUUCAAGACGCAAUAGAUUUGUAUCGAUCAUCACGAAAAGAGGCCUUGGAGACUCUGUACGCCAGCCGGGCUCUCAGCGCCGCCUUCAUGCCGCAGGGAGACCGCAAAACAACCAAUGCAUUCAGCGCUCAGCGAUCCAAAUCGGGAUUCGACUCGCCGCGUGGGACGGUAAAAGCGAACACCAUCUUUGACCGGCCGGCGGAGGAGGUGCUGGCGGAUGUGGAAGAAGUAUCGGCUUGCUGUGGCCAUUUCUCAUUCUCGUUGCUGGAUUUCGCCGAAGAUGUCAUGGUCUAUCUCGACGUGCUGCAGGAGUUUAAGUCUGCGUUCGAGCAUUCCAGCUUCAGCUGGGGUUGGCUGAUGUUCUGGAGGCUUUUCUGGACGAAGGAUCCACCAAAGUUCAAGCCCGGAGUGCAUUUUGGCCAUAGCCACGAGCAUGGAACAAUCCACGAGAUCCCGGAGCCGAUUCGCAAAGCAGACAGAUUUGCUGACCCGGAGAGGGCUCCUGUGGAACAGCCAUGGACCUGGAAGCUGUAUCGACGACUUCGCAUCUUCCGCAGAGACGACGUGAGAUUCGGCAUCAAAGUGGGAAUUGGGGCGGUCUUGUUUUCGGCGCCCGCCUUUCUCUUUGAGACCCGACCCUUCUUCACCCACUGGCGUGGAGAAUGGGGUCUUGUGUCGUAUAUGGCGGUGUGCACCAUGACGAUAGGUGCUGUCAACACGACCGGCAUCAAUCGAUUUUUUGGUACAUUCAUGGGCGCAUGUCUCGCCGUGGCAGGCUGGCUUCUCUCUGCUCGACACGGGGAUGCAAAUCCGUACAUCCUUGCAGUGUUUGGCUACUUUGUGUCCAUUGGUUGCUACUACCUCAUCCUGGCCAAGAAUGAGGGCCCAACUGGACGUUUCAUGCUGCUAACGUACAACCUUUGCGCACUCUAUGCAUACAGCCUGUCUGUGCAUGAUGAUGACAACGAUGAUGACGAGGGUGGUAUUGAUCCAGCCAUCUGGGACAUUGUGCUGCAUCGCUUGGUCGCCGUGGUCGUGGGAACCAUAUGGGCCAUCAUCAUCACCCGGCUGAUCUGGCCGAUAUCCGCCAGGCGGAAGUUGAAGGACGGUCUCUGUGUACUCUGGCUGCGAAUGAGUCUCAUCUGGAAGCGUGAUCCCCUGGCAAUGUUCUUGCUCGGCGAGCCGCGAUCCAGCUACAUGGACAUCCGGGAAGAAGCGACUCUCCAUUCAUUCCUGACCUACAUUGACUCUCUCCGAAGCGCAGCACAAUCCGAGUUUGAACUUCGCGGCCCGUUUCCAGACAAGAUUGUCGGCCGCAUUAUCGAGCGCACGAGACGAAUGCUGGAUGCCUUUCACGCCAUGAACGUCGUCAUUGCGAAGGAGCUGAAAUGUACUCCAGGAGAAGCGGCGGUCUUGCGGUACACCCGCGAGCAGCGAUUCGCCCUCUCCACCAGAAUCAGCCACUUGUUUUCCGUCCUGGCGAGCAGCUACAAGCUCGAGUAUCCGCUGAACGAUGCUCUUCCCUCGAUUGAAAAUAGUCGAGAUCGACUGUUGGCCCGGAUCUCGGAGUUUCGCCAGACAAAACAAGGAACGGAAGUUGCUACCGAGGGCGAUUACGAACUACUUUACGCCUACGUGCUUGUGACUGGGCAGUUGGCGUCAGAUAUUGAUGCCGUCUCUGGCGAGAUUGAGACGCUGUUUGGGACGUUGAAUGAAGACAAUCUGAAGCUGAAUUGA